GCACUGGAGCUUCCCAGCGAGUGUCAGUCCGCUAGCCGAGCGGAGCAGUCCAGAAGCCGCCAUGAAUCCUGAUCUGCUCUCAGAACGCCAAGGCGCCUCCUUCGACAUCGAGAAGCUCACCGUCUUCAUCGAUGGCGGGGAGGAGCGGACCACCAAGAGACGGCAGAUGGAGGGCCUGGCGGUGAACGACCCCGAGAUGCGUCACGACGACCUGAACUUCCUGUCGCGGAGCGAGCGCUACGACGUGGCGGUGCGGAAGAGCGCCCUCAUGGUGCGCCGCAUGCAGCAGCACGGCAUCACCGACCCCGAGGAGAUCUACUGGUACAAGAGGGCAGCCCUGGGCUACAGGGGAGACCCUCUGGGGGUGCACUUCCUCAUGUUCCAGCCCGUCCUCGACACGAACACCUCGCCCGCCCAGCGGAAGCGGUGGCUGCCGCCCGCGCUCAGCUACAAAAUCCUGGGCACCUAUGCGCAGACCGAGCUGGGACAUGGCACCUUCAUCCGCGGCCUCGAGACCACCGCCACGUUCGACGCCGCCACUCAGGAGUUCGUGCUGCACAGUCCAACCGUCACCUCCAUCAAGUGGUGGCCGGGCGGCUUGGGCAAGACGUCAAACCACGCGGUGGUGCUGGCCCAGCUGUACACGCGCGGCAAGUGCCACGGCCUGCACGCCUUCAUCGUGCAGCUGCGCGACAUGGAGACACACAUGCCGCUGCCUGGCAUCGUCGUCGGUGACAUCGGCCCCAAGUUCGGCUACGACGAGGUGGACAACGGCUUCCUGAAGUUUGAGCACGUGCGCGUGCCUAGGAAGAACAUGUUGAUGAAGUAUGCCAAGGUGGAGGAGGACGGCACGUACGUGAAACCGCCCAGCGACAAGCUGACCUACGGCACUAUGGUGUUCGUGCGCUCGAUGAUCGUGAGCGACGCGGCGCGGGCGCUGUCGCAGGCCUGCACCGUCGCCAUCCGCUACAGCGCCGUGCGCCACCAGUCCGAGAUGACGCCCGGGGCGCCCGAGCCCCAGAUCCUGGACUAUCAGACGCAGCAGUACAAGCUGUUCCCGCUGCUGGCGACUGCGUACGCGUUCCAGUUCAUCGGGGCGUACAUGCGCGCCACAUACAUGCGCAUCUCCGGGGACAUCAACCAGGGAGAUUUCCGAGAAAUGCCUGAGCUGCACGCCACGUCAGCCGGCCUGAAGGCCUUCACGAGCUGGGCGGCAAGCAGCGGCAUCGAGGUGUGUCGCAUGGCCUGCGGGGGCCACGGCUACUCAUGCUCCAGCGGCCUGCCCGACCUCUACGUCACCUUCACCUCGGCCUGCACCUACGAGGGAGAGAACACCGUCAUGAUGCUGCAAACCGCCAGGUACCUGAUGAAGAGCUACAGCCAGGUGCGCGCCGGCAAGCCUCUGAGCGGGCUGGUGUCGUACCUCAACGAGCUGUCGCACGGCGGCCGCGUGAGACCUCGGGCGGUCGGCGGCGUCGCCGGGGACAUCGCCAACCUCGCCGGGCUGGUGCAACUUUACGGGCAGCGCGCCGCCGUGCUGGUGGAGUCGGCCGCGAGGAACAUGCAGGCGGAGCUGAGCGCCGGCAGGAGCCCCGAGGAGGCAUGGAACGGGGCCUCCGUGGAGCUGGUGCGCGCUUCUGAGGGUCACUGCUACUACGUGGUGGUGAAGACGUUCGUGGAGAAGCUGGCGGAGGUGAGCGAUCCUGGCGUCCUCGCCGUGCUCACCGCGCUCUGCCAGAUGUACGCGCUCUACGGCGUCACCCAGCACGGACGCGACUUCCUGGAGGCGGGGCUGCUGACGCCGCAGCAGAUGGAGGGAGCGAGCGGCGCCGUCAAGGCUCUGCUGUCGAGGCUGCGCCCCGACGCCGUUGCGCUGGUGGACGCUUUCGACUUCCAUGACGACAUCCUGGGCUCCGUGCUCGGACGUUACGACGGCAACGUGUACGAGCACCUGUUCGAGUGGGCCAAGCGCUCCCCGCUCAACAAGACGCAGGUCCACGAGUCGUUCUACAAGUACAUCAAACCCAUGGCCUCGUCCAAGCUGUGACGAGGCUGCCCCGGGAACCUGUUCGGGCUCGCCGCUGCCGGCGACGGACACGUGCCGUGCAGCGGCACCGGGGGCUCCGUUGCCGCGCCGGCCGCGAAACCGCUCCCGUGCAAACGUCGACGCUCAACGCCCGCUAGCAGCGACGAUCGCGCUCGAACACGUCGCUUCACCGAGCUUGCCCCCUCCGCCCCCGGCCGCACCGAAAGACCGCGCGCAACACCGCGACGCUGGCAGACGACCACGACGCUCGCCGACGAUUGUGACGCACGCAGCCCCCCCCACGGGUCCCCGUAGCUCGCCGGGACACUCGCCGUCCUGGCCUACGGCGCGGCGAUGGCACCCGCUACGACCCAACCGCGUAGCGCUGAGAGCGGCAACGCACCACAGCCUUCCACCGCAACUCCUCGCCACAACCACAGUGUCACCCAGCACCACUCUGAGCUACGACUGUGAUGGUAAACCCCCGACCGCCACUACUGGACACCUGUGAUAAAGGGCUUUAUAGCUCGGCGGAUAUCGAUAGAUUUUCCGAUUCUGACAUUGACCUGCACCCACGACACUCGGCCACAACCACCACCUGCCCGCACCAUCCCGUCCGCCACAUCAUUCAGGAGAGCCGUCCACAACCACGAGCUUACACCAUCACAACAGCCCGUCCGUGUCGCCCUCCCCCCCCCCGCCUUUUUAAAGGGCCACGCAGGGCAAAUCCUGCCCGCCCGCCCGCACUCUAAUCCUGCAAAUCGAGCCGGUGAUUUCUCUCGUUUUUUUUUAAAUCAAGGCGACACUUUAGAAAUUCGUUUUUAGAAGACGCAGAUGACGGCACGCGGCCGGUUGUCUGGGCCUUGCCUUCUGCGUGGCACGGACCCACUCUGCCAACUGCCCCCCCCACCACCCGCUGCUGCUAUUUUUCUGAAAUCAGUCUCCUGAUCUCCCACCUAUCAACGAUCUGCGGUGAUGAUUGCCCCCCCCCCCCUCCCCUCUUGUGAUUAUCCUCUGCUGGAGCGGUGAGCAUACUUGCACGGCAGCAACUAAAGCGGUCGUGAUGUAAUUAUUAACAUUGCUUCUCCGACGAGUACUGUAGGGUACUAAAAUCACGUUUGCAGAAUAAAUAUACUUUAAAUGG